AUGGCGUACAUGUACUCCUUCUCCGUGAAGUACCUCUUACUAGCAACACUCACGACGAGAAUAGCGUCCGCCGAUUAUACCAACUUCUACUUCAACUCUUCCAAUGGAUGUCCGGGUCUUGGAAUCGGCUGUACUGCGCCGGAGUCCAUGUGCGCGUACGACAGUGUGAACGACAAGUACUACUGUUGCUCCGGGUCAAACUACGACAUCUGUCGAGCGUUCGCGGCGACGUGUGGUGGCAGCGACGGGGGACCGAGCAGCAGCCAGCAGACGUGUACCUCUGGCAGUGACAGCUGGUGCUGUUUGAGCGCGAACAAUGAAAGAUGUACGAGUCGGACAGGGCAAGUCAAUGUGUGUGUCGCGACUCAGGACAACCCGAUUGCGGCGGUGCCCGAGCUGCUGAUGAACGAGACGUUCUCCUCUCUGUCCUCAGCGGACCCUUCGGCCACAUCGUACUCGGUCGAUGUCAACUCCCUCGCGGCGAGAGCGACGGCCUCUUCGACUUCGUCGUCGAGUCUUCAAUCCACAUCAACCACAACUUCUCCUUCCGCCACGACGACACAAAGUCCAGCACCAGACGACUCGGACUCGAUCUCGGGAGGUGCAAUCGCAGGCAUCGUCGUAGGAUGCGUCGUCGGCCUAGCAGCCAUUGCCGGGCUCAUCUGGUUCCUCCUUCGGCGUCGACGAAGUCAGAAGAAGAGUGCCUCCGAGAUUCCACCGGCAGCAUUCCCCUUGGGACACUCGGCCGAGAAGCACGAUCACCCAAUGGGCUCGCCAUUACCGGGCACCAAGACGCCUGCGCCGCAAUAUCAGAUCGCCGAGAUGGACGGGAGACGCGAGGUCAGUGAGGUAGCCGGGUGGGACCCUCACACGGGCUUGCUGAGUAACAACGAAGAGCCCACCGAGUUACCUGCUGGGCCCCUGGGACCGAGAGAGCUUCAGGGAUGA